GUUGAGCGCGGACAGGCGCACGCAAUGGUAUGGAAGAGGAGAGCACAUGUAAAGUUCGUUUACGUCGGUUCUUUAUCUUGGAAAACAAAAGGAUCAGUGAGUUCACAACAUGUGAACAAAAAACACUCCAGAAACUUUAUUCCCAUUUCAAGACUAGGAGAUUUAUCCAGUCCAGAGCGAAACUCAAGUCAAGAAGAGUACCUUGAUCUUCUAUCACAGAAGACAUUUUUUGCCAACACUUCCAGAGCAAAGGAGUCACUUGGACACAGGAUUUCAGUCUAUGACAGUGGAAACAAUCCUGGUGAUGUCUACUAGAACAAGGUAGCUAAUCAAGUUAAAAAGUAUUUUCAGAAAGGGGAAUGACAACUACCUUCGUCAGAAAGAAUUAGCUGGUACGAUAUUGUUGAUGACUCUACGUAUAAAGAUUUGUAUUUAAAAUUUGUAAGUAGCUCUCAAUCAACAAUUAUGAUAUUGUUUUUAUGGGUGAGUCAGUACAACAUAGUGUAUUGCAGUUCUUUGUAACAUGUAACCUAAUGUUAAGCUAACUACAAGUAUCUGUAUUCCAUGAGUCACUAGCAUUGAAAGUCCAAUUGCCCAGCUAAUUUACUAACUUAUUGAAACUUGUUAAAAUUAUGAUUAAAAUGUAAUAAAUCUUAAUUUUAAUUACAAGGAAUUACAG